AACAAAGUACUUAUUCACCAAAUGAUUACAUCUGAAAAUAAUUACCCGUAUAUCGAAAGCGAGUAAAAUAUUCACGAAAUUACAAUUUUUGUCAGAUUGAACAAUGGAACAUCGCUGCGAUUGCGGCGGUUUACAUAACGAAGCUGAACUUGGUGUGCAGUACAAUUUAUUUAAAAAAAUAGACAAAGAUAACGUUGAAUGUCUUAAUGAAUAUGAAGAAGGUUCAGGAGUAAAAGUUUUCAAGCCAUGGGAAGACCGACUGAACCUCGAAAAGUACGUGGAGAGCGAUGCAGAUGACGAGCUGCUGUUUAACAUACCAUUUACAGGUAACGUGAAGCUGAAAGGAUUGAUUGUCACAGGAAACCAGGAUGGUUCUUAUCCUCAAAAAGUCAAGCUGUUCAAAAAUCGUCCUCACAUGGUGUUCGACGAUACAGGAAUAGAAGCUGAUCAGGAAUUCGAGUUGUCAAGAGAUCUGGAUGGCACCCACGAGUAUCCGAUAAAGGUGGUAAAGUUUUCAUCCGUCUACCAUUUAACCUUAUAUUUUACUGGUAAUCACGGGGGAGAGAGAACGCGCAUCAAUUACAUAGGAAUGAAGGGCGAAUGGACUGAGGGGCACCAUCACGGUGUCACGAUAUGCACCUACGAAUCACGGCCGCAAAUUUCUGAUCACGUUACUGAAGAACACAUUAUGACUAAACAUGUACAAUGAUCACACUAAUAAUGAUAUUCGCAAUAACCACUAACAAAUACAUCAAUUGUGUGAUCAUUACUCGAAAUAAUUAUAACAACCACCGUAAUUUACCACACAAAAUCGUAACUUUUUUCUUUUAACGUGUACUUUUUUAUACAACU